AUGUUCAAGAAAUUCGGCAAGGAGGAGGUCCAUUCGCGUUCCAACAUCAAGUCCUCUGUUCAAAGAGGACUCAAGUCCAAUUUUGUUAACCACUUUGAGAAGGUCGAGCCGGUUAUCGACGACAUCAUCCCCAAGAAGUCGCAAGUGAUCUUGAUCAAAUGUGAACACAAGAUCCAGUGUUACUCUGUUGACGACGAGAUCGUCUUGUUCCAGCAUUUCGACGAUUUGGUCCCCCACUUGAAGGUGGUCCACAAAUACCCUGAAUUGUUCCCCAGAGUCCAGGUUGACAGAGGUGCUAUUAAAUUCGUCAUGUCUGGUGCCAACGUCAUGUGUCCAGGUUUGACUUCAGCCGGUGCCAAAUUGCCCGAGGAGAAUCUCGAAGAAGGCACUAUCGUCACCAUUUACGCCGAGGGUAAGGAUUCUGCUUUGGCGAUUGGAAAGUUGACCAUGAGCACCGACGACAUCAAGUCCAAGAACAAGGGCGUGGGUAUUGAAUUGUUGCAUUAUUUGGGAGACGGCUUGUGGCACUUUGACGCCAGCGUGUAA